UUACUAGCAUUUAUUCAAAUGUAUAUAAGAUGGAGGACAACGUGAUGUCUGUAAGCGACGUUUUGCAUAAUAACGGUGAAAAAAUAAUUGAGUGGCAACCACUCGCAUUGACUUUGGUCGAAUACCCUAAAGGUGAUUGGAUAGGGAAGUUUUUUGCAUUUAUUAGCUUGUCUCCGUUCGGUAUUGGAGCUGGAUUCGUGGCUCUGAUAUUAUUCCGACGGGAUUUACACACUAUUUCAUUCUUCAUGGGCAUAUUAUUGAAUGAAAUUCUAAAUAUAAUCCUAAAACACACAAUAUGUGAAGCGAGACCAAUGGUGCGAGGGCAUUUAUACAAUGAAUAUGGAAUGCCAUCAUCACAUGCUCAAUUUGUUUGGUUUUUUAGCAUUUAUGUCUUUUACUUUGUUUUAAUUAGACUACAUCAUAUUAACAACAACAGCAUAAUAUCAGCACUCUGGAGAAUGAUUAUUGUAGGCGGUUGUCUUACACUGGCAGUGCUUGUAAGCAUUGGCCGAGUGUACCUCAACUACCACACUACUUCUCAGGUUGUCAUUGGGGCAGUAGUUGGGUUCUUAUUUGCCACUUUAUGGUUUACUCUGGUACAUAGAGUGUUUACACCUCUGUUCCCACAGCUGGUGUCAUUGAAAUUCUGCGAAAUGCUCAUGCUCAGAGACACAACUCUAAUACCAAAUGUGUUGUGGUUCGAAUACACGACAUCGAGACAAGAAGCGCGCGCGCGCGGUCGCAAAAUGGCAGCUCUGAAGCCGACGCAAUGACGGUGCGCUUGCGCCGUCGGCCGGGCCCCGUGGCCCCGCGCGUGACGCAUGGUCGCCGCCACGGCCAUCGUGCUGUUAGGCGGCCUACUACUUUUACAAACACCACCAGCGCGGUCCGUACUCCCGUACUAGAAACCUAAUCCUCCGAAACAGGGUGAAUAGAAACUCGAACGUGAAUAGAAAAAAGUGUUCAAGUGUAUUUUUCUCAUGUUUAUUACCUGUAAAAUUAUGGCAAUAUUUUUGUUGCUAUAUUUUGUAAGGCAUAGAGUUCUCACUAAGAAUUAUCUAGUUUUACAUAAUAAGACUGUUAUCACUUGAAUAGUUUCUACUCACCGCAUUAGUUUCUAUCAUAUCUGUUUCUGUAAUACCAUAAACUUAUGGCAAUAAUUAGGAUCACUUCCAAAAAGGACAAAAGUCCAUGGAGCUGUUGUAGAAUUGCAAUAAUUAGUCUUGUGAAAUGAUAUGACAUUCUCUACGUUGUUUUUAUAACUAGGUCUAGAUCAGUUAAUAGUGAGUUUGCGACUAUAUUAAUUGUGAAAGUCGUAAGUGCGGAAUAGGAAAAUCAAUAAUAAAUUUAAUUAAAAUAGUAUAGCUUGACGUAAAAAAUUGUGUCAAAGUACCUUUCAUGGUUUGGCGGUUGUGUAUUAGUGUAAUUGAUUAGAGACCAUAUAACAAGCUAAAUUAUACUGGAUUCACCUAAUAUAAUGCAUUAUGCACUCGAAAAAAUGUAAGCGUAUCCGCGAGAGAGACAUUGUAAAGUGCAUUUAUAUCCCCAGGAAAUAAUAUUCCAAGCAUCAUUAAAAUUAAAUAUGUUUCAAGCGGCAAGCGCGCAAUAAUGUCGAACUUAGGAAGGCUAGAAGUAUACUAUGGCAUGGAGUUCCAUCCAAUUAAGUCGAAAGUCAUCUACAAUUCUAUGCAGAAAUUGUUAUUGUAUAUACGAAUAUAACAGUAUAAUAUGCCCUGGAAAGUUAUACGAUAUACUAGAUAGUAUAUUUUAGAAAGUAAUUUGAAAUAUUGGGUAAUUAUUAGAAUUGUAAUACUCUACAUACUCGUCACAAUUUAUAUUUAAAAAUAUUUUUUAUUUUAUUAUCAGUUUAUUGCGUCCAAGAAUUCCGAGUAAUCAUUAUUUGUCUUCUAUUUCUUUGACUUCUAGUCCAGGUAUUAACAAAUUUAUUUCUCAUCAUAUUAAUAAAUUAACCAUGGACAUCGUUAAGAUUGUUUAAAUUUCGCUAAGGAGUAAUUAAUGAUCAUUAAACGUGUAAUUAUAUUUAUUUGCCACCAUGUAAAUUUUGUAAUUGGGUAACCAUAGCGUUACAAGACUAUCAAAUUCUGACUUUUCUGAUUGGAGGAUUUUAUUACAAAAUGUACUUUAUUCUGAUAAUUUAUGUACUCAUUUAUAAUUUGUGUACAUCGUCAACACACAGUACAGUAGUAGUAUAUGUAACAAAUACCGUCUUUUCAUGUACCAUACAAAAAGUAGGCGGUCUUGUUAAGCUUAAAUUUUGGUAGUAGUGCAGUAUUUUUUAAGUCAGUUACUCGUAAGUCUAAAAGACAAUGUAUGUCGUUCCUUUGCCAUAUUAAUCCUCAGAAGGAAUUUGGUAGCGUAUCGAUGGCUAGAAUCUGCGAUAUUGAUGUUAGAAUCACGCUCAAAAAUCUCACAGAACUUUUGGAGUCCGCUUGAAGGGUAUUUCAAUGUAAUACGUUAUGAAUUAUAUAAUACUUCUCCGUAUACGUUAACUUAAUAUCCAGUUUUCUUUGAGACAUUAUGAAGGCACCCUGUAUAAUAAAACUACCGUUGAUCAAACUCGAUCUUAUCGGAUUUUUUUGUCACGGACUUUCAUUAUACAUACUUUUUUACAAACUAAAUACACGUACAAACUUUUGUUUGAUAGGGUAUUUUUUAACGUGAGACGUAUUUGCGUUUUUGUGUUUCUUCAACUUCGAUUAUAUUUAUAUUUUGUAAAUGUGUUUUUGUAAAAAUUUCAAUAUAUUUUUGGUAGCUAUGUCGGGUUGACGGUGUUGGAUAUUCGCCCAAGUUUUUAAUAAUUCAAUUUAAUUGUAACAACGACUCAAAAAUUGAUGUAACAAAUCAGAUAUAGCGCCAAUAUUGUAGGGUCCAAAAUUAACAUGUCGGCCUUUACAAGGGUAACAGCUAUUAGAAGCUUAAAUCACGAAAAAAAGAUAAAAACUGAUCGUUUUGGUCAUGGUAAACACAUUCAAUAAACUUUUGACUAUAUAAACUUAAUAGGUUAACUACUUUGAAUGUUAUGGCGUUUGUACAUGAUUACAGAAAUAGUACUUUUAAAUAUAAAUUUUACAGAGAAAAGCCGAUAUUCAGUGUCUGACCUCUACUGUAUUUAUUUUAUCAUUAAUUUAUGUCGUGCGUUCAAGAGCUCAAAUUAUAAUCAGCUGCGAAAUAAUGAUGUUACUAUAAACAAGAUUUUAAAGUUUAAAAAAUAAACAUAAGUUUCUGGACAACUAGUGGUCCAUUGUGUUUUGUCAAAGGUUACACUGCCAAAACUCUGUCAAUAAUUCAAGUGUAAGGGCGCCUUCAAAUUAGACGCUUGUAGAAGCGCGGCAUUCGCGCGUUUGUAGCGCUUCAGUAAUUUUUAGUUCACUAAAAGCGUCCGCCCAUUUGGGCGUGUGUGGCGACCACUAAACGCGACUACAAGUGACGGAUGAGAUUUUACUUUUUUUUUAUUGUAAAGGGGUUCGCGAUAUUGUUGCUUGAGUUGCUUUCUCAGAGGUCCGUAGCUGGAGAAGUUUAGAACCGCUGACUUAAGACACUUACCAUUAAUUAGGAAGAAAGAACGUCGCUAGCGCAGUAAGUUGAGAUAAUGGAGGUAAUAUUACGUAUCAGGAUUUUAAGUAUACUUAAUUUAUUUGCAAAUUGUUAUUUUCGAAGUAAUAAGUGCUUCCAGUAAUUUUAAUUUAUUUUUAAGUUUGGUCUAAUUCUUGUUUCAAUUGUUUACUCGAUGACUAGUUGGUACAGCUUAUUAAUAUUAUUCAUGUCGUUGCCCUAAAAUGUUGUCUAGUCAGUACAUUUUGUCUUUCAACCAGACUGUGUACUUUAGUAAAUUGUAAUACACAAACAAAAGUCCAAAAUCCAUUACAAAGUUUUGUAACGGAUUCCUAAAAAUGUUUUUUCAAGAUCAUGUACACAUGGUAAAUGGUACAAGUUUUCAUCCAGUUAGUGAUAUACAUGUAGUAUGUUUAAAGAAACAGUAGGAUUAGGUUUACACUACUACUGCAUACGUUGUCCUCUUCAGAAAAAAAAAAACAGUUCUAAAAUCUUUGAAGAAGACCUGUGCGUACCACCUAGUGAGAUGUAAAUUUCCAUGUUGAAUGGUUUCUAUAAUCCUUGGCAGCUCGCCUCUAUUACACCCGUCUUUACAAAAGGUUCCCACGCUAUAAUACAGAAUUAUAAAACCGCACACGUUUUUUGCGUAAAUACGGUAACGCUAUCAUACGACAGCAACGUAUACCUUAGUUUGGAGCACAUGCCGCUUAUGUUUUGUUGUAUAUUUACAUGGAAACAAAUUGCGACAAUGGUUCUGCUUUGUGUAAUUUACAGCCUCCAGUUUGGUGUGUUAUUAACAAAUAAAUUUAUAUUUUUUCAUUCGUAAAUGUUCGAAGUUAGUAGUAGCUUUAGUAGUUAUAGCUUUUUAUAAUACGGGGAG